UAAAUCAAACUGUGAGAGGUUUCAGUUGCAACUGAUCCCCCUGCAUGGUUCCGCUUCAACGAGCUCUGUUUGAAGAGUUUUUCCUAAAAUGGAGAGGUCAUCUGUGUGCUGCUCUCCUGGGAGCUAAGGGCUCUCCUAAUUCAGGAUCUGGACUACAAACAGUAAGAUCUGUGAGGAAAAUGUUCCCUUUUUCUGGACUUGUUGGAAAAGAAGAAAACCCACAAAGCCAGCCUGAAGACUGGAGAUAUCAUGCAUCAUGAGAGAGGUUAGCUGCAGUCUUUGAGGUGUUUGUGGACACAUGAUCAUGUUUGGGAAAGUAAAGACGGGUCAGCCUGCAGCAGCAGCAGCAGCAGGUCCAGACUCAAGUCCAGCUGAGUGUAACCUGGUACUGCUCGGCAUGAUGGGCUCCGGGAAGUCAGCGCUGACAGUGAAGUUCCUAACCAAGAGAUUCAUCAGUGAGUACGACCCUCUGCUCGAGGAUGUGUAUACCUCAGAACAGAUGGUAGACCAGCAGCCGGUUACAGUCAGAGUGAUGGACACCUGUGACCAGGAUGGUCCUGCUAACAUUGAGCGAUACCUGUCCUGGGCCAGUGUCUUCAUGGUGGUCUACAGCAUCGACAGCAUGGAGAGCUUUAAACGCUGCCAGCCAUACCUGCACAUGCUCAGUCUACGCGGGAAAACUCCCAUAAUCCUCCUUGGCAACAAGCUGGACAUGGAUCCAUACAGGCUGGUGAGUCAGAGGGAAGCAGAGGAUUUGGCGUCCUGCUUCAGCUGUGUGUUUUUCGAGGUGUCAGCCUGUCUGGACUUCCUGUCUGUGCAGCACGUCUUCUUUGAGGCAGUGAGGAGGGUGAGGAGGGGACGUGGUCGCCUGGUUCCCGCAGUCUGCAUCAGCGAGGACAGAGCGCUUCUCCCUCCCUCCUUCUUCACCACCCCCUGCUACAAGGAGCUGCCGGCCCCGACCACCGCCAAACUGGUCACAGUGAGGACUUCCAGAGCUCAGAGCAAACGCAGAGCCACCACCCUCACCCUGCUUAAAGGAUUCAAGAUCUUCUGACCGACGGGAUACAGACUAAACUGAGUUGAUGACAAACAGAUGUGUACUGUCCCAGACGCUCUCUAAUGAUGGACCAUCUCACACGUCUGAAUCAUUUACAUCUACUGUCUGUAAAACCAGGUCUUAGCUUUAAACACUACAAUACCCAGAAGUCUUUGCCUUUACUGCACAAUGACACAAAGUCAGCUGCAGGCACCAAUCAGAGACAUUGCUAAGACAAACCACCUGCUAAAUGCUGUCAUACUUUUUUGCCUUGGUUUCUGAAAUUAAGCUUAAAACACCACACUCUCUACCUACAGUAUGAAUCACAACUAACACGCUAAACAAUCUGAAACUCCUCAAUUGGAUGUUUCUUGCUCUCCUUUCCCAUCUAAAUUGAACAUUCAGAGCCUGGUCUUCUUUACCUCCUUUUAUUAAUAAAGUGUUCCACUGACUGCCCAUACAGGCCUUGUGAAAUUCAUGUAGGACUGGAUUUGCAGCAUUUUUCUAUUUGCAGUUGGUUUCUGAACAUGAAUCUGUCUCAUUCUUUUAUCCAUCAUGUAUUAGAAGUGUGUUUCAUUUGUUUGAACUUGUCUGCUAAAAUUGUACUGUAUACAAAUUGUAUUGUAUUUAAAACAUAUUUGAGCAAAGUUAACCCUUUGACUUGCAUUGUAACCACGCGGUUGACCUUUUUUCCACUGCAAUAUUGCUGUUUUUAAAACUCUGAAAACCUAUCUUUGGCUGUUUAUCCUCAUUCACCUCAUUGAAUAGUGUAUGUAACCCUGAUUAUGUCCAUAAUUAUCAUUGUCUUAAAACUGUGGAAAAUACCGGUAGUGACUCAGCACAGCUCCUCAGAAAUCUCACAGAACAAGAGCAAACGUCUGGGUAAAAAACAUUUAUAGACCCUCUAACAAUCAUAAUUUAGUUGAAGGAAAUAAAUAUAUUUAAAAUAUAUCUCUACGAUUCCUCAGAAAACAUGGUUGACCAUUCGGUUCAGUUGCCUAGCUCAAGUCACUAAUUUCUUAUUUUGUUCACCUUUUCUAACCAUUGCUACUCAUUCAAUUUGUUGAAUAAAUUAUAGGUUAUUUUAACAAGUUCUACUCUCUGUGAUGUUUAUAUAUGAAAAAACAUUUUGUUGCAGAAAUGAAAGAAAUCCAUUCAUGCCCAAAGUAACCCUAAACAUAUAUCUGCUUCCUGAUUGGGUAAUCUGAAAAAUAUAACCUGAAAUGUUGCUUAAUGAAGAGGCAGGAACACAAUUUUACCAACAAAUAUUUUUUUGCAAAUGGAUUUCUUACUGUGGAAGUCAAAGGGUUUUUAAUGAAUGAGAACUAAAAGAGGACUUAAAAUAGAGAAAUGAGGUGAGUAAAGGAGAAUGAGAGAAAAGAUAAAUUGCAUGAAGAUGUCAUGUUUUCAAUCUGGUUUCAUUAUAAAUUAAUUAAAUGUAUAAAACCAUUUUAUAUCUUUAUCAUUUUCUUUACCGACUCCAUCAUUCACCACAAUUUGAAUCUUCAUGGGACGGUACACUGUGAUGUGACAGAACAAAAGUGAACUGUUUUUAAGUCAACAUAGUACAUGUGUACAUUUAAAGAUAGAUUUAUAAAAAUAUAAAAUGAUCUCUCUCUUAUUAUUUGUGUAAUAACAAACUAACAAGCGUUCACAGAUUUAAAAUGAGUACUACAGCUUGAUGAAGUCAAAGGUCAUCAUUUAUGUAACGUUUGGUUGAGUUUAAUGUGCACCAGCUACUGCAGAAUUUAAAGGAAUACUUUACACUGUGAUUUACACUGUGAUGAAUAAGAAUAUUGACCGCUGAGACAUUGAUGACGUGUACAGACAUUUUCUCAAGAUCAUGAAAGUUAAAACGUUAUCACUGGAAAACCAGCGUUGUAAUGCUGAGAUAGCGGGAUAAAAGAAUAUUCUCUAGAAAACAGAAAUGUUCUCAUUAUCACUUGAACAUUUUGUAUGAAUUCUUUCUGUAUAAAUCAUUUGAAACAUUGUUGUUGUUGUUGUUGUUGUUGUUGUUGUUGUUGUUGUUGUUGUUGUUGUGUAAAGGUUGCCAAAUACAAUAUGUUGUGUAAAACGAGUGGGCAUAAUAAGACAAAGCUUCAGCCCACACCUUUAAAUUCCACAUUGUAAUUGUUUUGCAAAUAUGUGUUUUUGUCGGGGAGAAAUGUUUAAUUCGGACCGAAAUAAACUACAACUGAACUGAA